AUGAGCAAAGACGAUAGGUUGAGCUGCAGCGAGUAUGGCAUCAAGCGCGUUGCGGGCUCGCUCAGCGUCACGCGGGCCCUUGGCGACUGGUACUUAAAGGCGGACGAGUUUAGCGCGCCGCCGUACAAGGCCAAAGUACCCUACAUCACGGCCGAGCCCGACGUGGUGGUGCACCACAUCACCAAGCGGGACAAGUUUUUGAUUCUGGCGAGCGACGGGCUCUGGGAGGUGGUUCCCCCGCUCCUCGCUGUCCAGAUCGUCACCAACUACGUGACGACGGCGGCCAACGCCGGCGAGGCUCCGAUUCCAUCGGCGAGUGCUGCGCUCGUGCACUGCGCACUCGACCGGGCGGCGAGCAAGGAAGGCCUCGCGCUGCACGACCUCCUCGCCAUCUCCAAGGGUCCUCAGCGAAGGACGAUCCACGACGACAUCACUUGCACCGUCAUCUUCCUUGAACACGUCUAGAUAGUUGGAGUAGCAAAAGCACCGAUACAUCAUUGCACACUUGAUCCACCC